CGUAGAUGUGCACAGUGCUUUGCUUUGUUUCCUACAUUUACACUCUGCGUAAGGUAAUUUUACGCCAACGAUAGAAAACCAAAAUGCGCGUGUUUUCAGCGUUUCUUGUGGUAUUUAUGGUGUGUGCUUCAUUAAUUACCGGUGCUCCAACCGGAGAAGAAAACAGCGACCUGCUAAGCUAUGAAAAUGUGCAAACCGAGAAUGGAUAUCGGUUUUCCUACGAAACUAAGGAUGGCCAAGCACGUGAAGAAGUUGGUACAAUCGAUCCCAGUACGGGCGUAAUGACUGUAACCGGGUGGUAUAGCUACCGUACACCAGAUGGCGCUACGCACCGUGUGGAUUUCAUUGCGGAUGAAAAUGGCUAUCGAACCGUGGAGGAACCUGGUUUUGCCGUUCCAGAAGUCGAGACGGCAGUUGUCGCUGCAGCACCUAUUAAUAAUGCUUUAUUGCUGUCGCUCGUUGGCUAAGUCUAGGGUAUAUAGAAGUAUUUCGUUAAUUGCCGUACAGUUUUCUACAACAAGCUAAACGAAUACAUGUUUGUAAUCAUUUUGAACUUCAAACAGCACAAAUACUUCAGA